UGUUUUCAUAGGGGUCUGGCAAUACCUGGCACUGCGGGCAGUUGUUUAAUGUAGACAGUUUUGAGGGAUAAAGCGUCUAAAUUGCUUGUCGUGGAGAUGUCCUCAAGUCUUCAUCCUUCCUCAGCUUUGCAGCCAGGCAUACAAAAUAAACAUCUGAUAAAGGAAGAUGAUAGAAAGACAGUUAUAUGUGUCGAGGGGAACAUUGCAAGUGGAAAAACGACAUGCCUGGAAUAUUUUGCACAAACUACCAGCAUCGAGGUUUUGACAGAACCAGUGACUAAGUGGAGGAAUGUUCGUGGUCAUAAUAUCCUGGGCUUAAUGUACCAAGAUGCGUCAAGAUGGGGGAUAACAUUACAGACUUACGUGCAGCUUACAAUGUUGGAGCAGCACACCAGACCAAUGAUUUCCCCUGUAAGGAUGAUGGAGCGCUCCAUUCACAGUGCAAAAUACAUUUUUGUAGAAAACUUGUAUCGAAGUGGAAAAAUGCCAGAGGUGGAUUACGUUGUCCUAACUGAAUGGUUUGACUGGAUCCAGAACCACACGGAUGUUUCUGUUGACUUGAUAGUUUAUCUGCAGACUUCUCCUGAAGUUUGUUAUGAGAGGUUAAAGAGAAGAUGUAGAGAAGAGGAAAAGAUCAUUCCUCUGGAAUAUUUAGAAGCUAUUCAUCAGCUCUACGAAGACUGGCUCGUUAAACAUACACUUUUUGAAGUUUCCUGCCCAGUGCUUGUUAUUGGAGCUGACCAUGACAUGCAGAAAAUGAUAGAAAAGUAUGAAGAAAGCCGGGACCAAAUACUAAAUCCAUAUAAUAGGCAACACCAUUUGUAGAAGUCUGUGGUAGUUGUAUUUUAAAAAAUGUGUAUAUGAAGUCUGGUGCAAUUUUCAGUGUUUUUAAUAUUUCUAAAUAUAUCAGGUUUUGCUUUUGAUUUAUGCUUUGGAGAAUGUUGUGAACUAACUGCUAUGAAAAGUGUAGAUACAAGUCAUAAACAGAUUAUAAGCUAAUUCCCUUUGAUGUUUUUAGGUUCUCCCAUCUGUUUUACCGUGUCAGUUCUGUUCAGCUGUUUGAGCUGUUUCCCAUUUCACUGCUCCUUCCUAUAAGCACCUAAGCUCUUUUUCCCCAACCCCAAGACAACCCUAUUUUUGUAAUUUGAAAGAAAUAGGUGGGAUGUCUUUUUUAUUAUUAUUCAAGGAAGCACAUGAAGUGCAUCAAGUUAAGGUAGCUUUGUUAAAUAAGUCUUAUGAGGUGGAAAGAGGGAGGGGUCUUACUCCAGUCCUACCUACUUUAGCAUAGUCCCACUGCAUUCAGUGGCAAAAUCCACACCAUUGGUAAGUGAUUGCAUAAUGGCUCUGAGGCUUUUUUAAAGUAGGUUUUUAAAAGGGCUUAUUUCUCUGUAGUGUUUGUGAACUCACUGGCCCUGCCAUGGCUGAGUUGAGUACUAAUGAAAAUACAGGGUACACAGAGCUGCAUUUGUUGUUCUUUUAAAAUGGUUAUUAAAAAAAAACCAUUUGGAUUUUUCAAUUGUACUUUUUUUCUUUUUUAAUAAAGAAAGCCAAAGAUUGUUCUUUGGGUAUAUAUCUUGAAUGGUUUAUUGUGACUUGUAGGUACUUGGAGAGUAGAGAAAAAUAGCAGGGGUUUAAUUCUUACAGUUAGCUGAAGUGUUGAGUUUCCCUGAAUUAGUACUUUUCCCUUCUUUUGUUUGAAGUUUGAAGUUUUGUGGUAGCUGGUUUUGUGGUGUGCCUAAAGUCACUGCAUUGACAGGACCACAUGGUUUUCCAAGUCAGGAAAUGCAGUUUGUUUCUUGUUCCUUCAAUCUGGUGGGAUUUUUUAAAUCAAUACAACUUCACAACCAUCAGUGUACUGAGAGAUCAUUUCAAGUACUUAGUAUUCUGAAUCUUGUGAACCCAGUAUCGCCAUUCUGCUGCUUUGUUGUAAUUCUUCAGAAUUCUAGCUUAAAAAUAAGGUUUUAUGUGUUAAUUACCUUCCUUACUGAAGUUUACUUGUAGAGGGGUAGUAGUCAUACAUGAAACCUGUUAAACUUUCAAAAUGUCUUCUGUUAAGAGACCAAAAUAACUAUUUUUGGGGAAAUAGUUAUACAAAUUUGAAGUUCAAUCAUCUAUAGUUUGUUCUUAAUUCUAAUUUCAUUAUGGUUGUAGAAGCCAGGGAUGUAUAAUUUACACACAGUCCAGAAAAGAUAUGUUUGUACAGAGAGUCUUGUAGUACAAAGAAUGUCACUGUUAUUUUUCAGCUUUUGAAAGGUAUGCUUUUUUUUUGUCAGAUCCUGCCAACCCUUGAUAUACCAAAACAGUAGUUUAGAUAGAGGUUAUUGAUAGUCAUAAUUACAAUGGAAUAUAAAGGAAUCAUUUAUAUAGCUUAUUUAUUAAAAAAUAAAGAUGUGAUGGCUACAGAGAACAUGUUUAUUUUAGGUUUUGCUAUGUUAGUAAUUUUCAUGUAUAUAUUUUUCAUAUACAGGAGGGUUGGGGUAUUUAAUGAAAACUAAGGAACAAACCCAAACUGGUUAUGUGUCAAAAGUGAAAAAUGUUUGCACUCUGCUAUAGAUGUGUAGAUAAUACUGCAAUCAUCAUAAAUAACUGCUUAUAAACCUGGAAAUGA